AUGCUACACUGUGGCCUUGUUCUUGAGUCCCAUUACAUUGAUGAAGUUUCCGAAUGGCGAAUAUUCUCCGACGGCAGCAGUAACAAAGAUCCGAAUCGUGUUGACGAGUCAUCCAAUAUUUUAUCUAGUGGUAUUAAUCUCUCAACGUUUAUCUCUGCCUCUAAAGGUUCAAAGAAUGAUAUUUUGAAGUUGCAUAUUCGUGAACAAGACCCGGAUAAGGCUCUCUUCCAUGGAUUUCGUGCCAUCAAUACAAUGGCAGACAGGUUAAACAUUGUCGAGGCAAUUAGGGUUAGGGCUAACGAGAUCCUCACGAAGAUGGAAGAACAAAAAUCUCGAACGGUAAAGAACCAACAAGCAUUAUCGACGGCUUGUUUGUUUAUUGCUUGUCGAGAGAAUAAGUUGCUGAGGACAUUGAAGGAAAUACGUAGCGCUACAUUUGGAUUUACAAUGAAACAAGUUAAUAAAGCUGCACAACUUAUAAGGAAACAACUAGGGUUGGACAUGGGAGCCACAGAUACCAGCGAACUUGUGAGGAGGUUUUGUUACAAUCUCGGCAUGAAAGGCAUCCCCUGA